AACCUUGUCAUGUUAGGGCUUGACAGCCAAGUCAAGGCUGUCACCAACAAAAGGGAAGAAAAGAAGAAAAUAUUCGACUCGAAAUUGUGGACAAUGUUCUUGAGUUCGAGUGGUAGAUAAUCUACGCAUAAUCAAACUUCUCCCAGAUGCAAAUGGAACAUCCAAAGCCGCACGCAAUUGUGAUCCCCUACCCUUAUCAAGGGCACGUUACUCCCAUGAUCAAUCUGGCAAUCAGACUUGCUUCAAGAGGCUUCACAAUCACUUUUGUCCAAACUGAGUUCAUUCAUCAGUUCAUGUGCAAAGCCCAGAAUCUGCCUGCUGCUAGUUUCGAUUUAUUUGCCGAGGCACGGAAAUCUGACCUCGACAUACGUUACACGACCAUCUCCGACGGGUUUCCCCUGGACUUCGACAGGGAUCUCAACUUCAACGAGUAUUGGGAGUCUAUGUUUCGGGAUUUUCCUGAUCGUGUUGAUGAAAUUGUGGUGAAGACAAUGGAAGCUGAUGUAUUGCCAGAGACGCCUCCUUUUCUCCUGGUUGCUGAUACUUUCUACACAUGGCCAGCAACCAUAGCCAAGAAACACAACAUGGUGAAUGUCUCCUUCUGGACAGAACCUGCUAUCGUGUUCUCACUGAACUAUCACUUGGAGCUUCUCAGACAAAACGGCUUCUCAGACAAAACACAACAUGGAAAUGCUGAAAAUUACAUAAACUAUAUUCCGGGCAUCCAAUCCAUUAGCACUAGGGACUUGAUGACGUAUCUCCAAGAUCCAGAAGCUAUACCAAUGUUGAUUAAGAUUGUUGAGAAGGGAUUUGAGCAGGUGAAAAAAGCAGACUUUAUCUUAUGUAACACAGUGGAGGAGUUAGAAUUGGAAACUCUUUCAGCCCUGAAUCAGAAGCAUCCAACUUAUGCUAUCGGUCCAAUUAACUUCUACACUGAUCUCACCAAAACAAGCAUAGCCAAGAGCCUUUGGUCCGAGUCUGACUGCACCCAGUGGCUCAAUUCUAAGCCUUCUGGCUCGGUUUUGUACGUUUCGUUUGGCAGCAUUGCAGAGAGUAACAAAGAGGAGAUCGGAGAGUUAGCUCAUGGGCUUCUCAUAAGUGAAGUAUAUUUUGUUUGGGUGCUCCGGCCUGAUAUUAUUGGAGGGCAGGAAAGUGAUGUUUUGCCGGAGGGUUUUAAGGAUGUUAUAAAAAAUAAAGGGCUGAUUGUUCCAUGGUGCAAUCAGAAUAUGGUCCUUUCCAGCCCGGCAACGGGUGGGUUCUUGACGCAUUGUGGUUGGAACUCGAUAUUAGAAAGUAUAUGGUAUGGUGUACCGAUGAUUUGUUAUCCAUUUCUUGUCGACCAACCUACAAACAGGAAGUUAGUGGUUGAUGAUUGGAAGAUUGGAGUCGACCUUUGUGAGGGAGAACAAGUUCGGAGGGAGGAAGUUGCUAAUCAAAUUGAUAUCUUGAUGAAGGGUGAAAAUUCUGUCCAAAUGAAGCAAAAGAUCCAGAAAGUCAGCAAGAAAUUGCACGAUUCCAUGGAUGCUGAGGGCUCAUCAUGCACAAACUUUGAUCGGUUUGUAGUGGAUUUGAAGGCUAAAUUUUGUACGAGAAGCUCAUGAUUUUAGUCCUUCAAUUUGCUUGCGAGUUGCCUGAAUUCUGGACUUUCAAUAAUAGUAUGCGGUUCAGUUCCUUUUUGGACA